AUGAGGAGCACUGGCUUUGCCCUGAACCUGCUUUUGAUAUCCCCACUCUUCUUAGUGUGGACAGUGGUCGCCCUCGACCUAGGACAAACUCCUUGCACCACCCUGGUCCAGGGGAAAUUCUUUGGGUAUUUCUCCUCCUUUGCUGUCUUCCCAUUGAACUCUUCUCUGUGCUCUUGGAUUAUCCAGAACCCGGACCCCAGGAGGUACACCUUGUAUAUGAAGGUCUUGAAACCCACUGGCAUAUGUGACCACCAGCCAAUACGCACCUACCAGUUCGACUCUUUCCUGGAGUCCACCCGCACUUACCUGGGUAUGGAGAGCUUCGACGAUGUGCUAAAACUGUGUGACAGUUCCACUAGGUACUCCUUUCUCCAGUCCAACAAGCAGUUCCUCCAGAUGAAGCAGACCAUGUCCCCGGCAGAAGGUGGGCACGUGCGACGGAAGCCCACCAAGGCUCAGGAGCGGGACUUCUCAGUGGAGUACCUGGUGGUGGGCAAUAGGAGCCCUAGCAAAGCCGCCUGCCAGAUGCUCUGCCAGUGGCUGGACACCUGCCUGACCACCAGCAGCAGCUCCCACCCCUGUGGCAUCAUGCAGACUCCUUGCUCUUGCUCCGGAGGAGAGGUGCUGGAUCAGCCCAGCGAGAUGUUGGGGCUACCCAAGAAGAAGGAAGAUUGUUUUAAGGAUGGGAUUUAUUUGGAAAACUGCAUGAGCAGCCCGAAAGACAGCAGCCAGGUGGAGUUCCUGGGUGGCUGGAACCCUUGGUCCGCUUGGGGAGACUGUACUCGAGACUGUGGGGGUGGUCUCCAGACGCGCACCCGAACCUGCCGGCCCAUUCCCGACGAAGGCCUUAUCUGCGAAGGAGUGCUGGAGGAAGGAAGACUGUGCAAUAGAAAAGCAUGCAAUACCAAUGGACGCUAUAAUUCCAGAAGCCAGUCGCUGAGGUCCACAGAUAACAGAAAGCGAGAGGAUGCUGAUGAACUGCAGCAGUAUGGAUACCCCGCACCUCAAAUAGGUGACCCUGCAGCAGAGGAGUGGUCCCCGUGGAGCGUGUGUUCGACCACCUGCGGAGAGGGCUGGCAGACCAGGACCAGGUUCUGCGUGUCGUCUUCCUACAGCACGCAGUGCAGCGGCCCUCUCCGGGAGCAGAGACAGUGCAACAACUCCGCCGUCUGCCCAGUGCACGGCACUUGGGACGAGUGGUCUCCGUGGAGUCUGUGCUCCUCAACGUGUGGGCGGGGGUACAGGGAUCGAACCCGCACCUGCAAACCCCCUCAGUUUGGUGGAAACCCCUGCGAGGGACCUGAAAAACAAACUAAGUUCUGCAACAUUGCACUUUGCCCAGUGGAUGGGAACUGGAAUGAGUGGUCGAGCUGGAGUUCCUGUUCUACGACCUGCUCCAACGGUACCCAGCAGCGGACCCGGGAGUGCAACGGACCCUCCUAUGGGGGAGCAGAGUGCCAGGGGCACUGGGUGGAGACCAGAGAUUGCUUCCUAAGGCAGUGUCCAGUGGACGGAAAGUGGCAGGCGUGGGGGCCGUGGGGGAGCUGUACGACCUCAUGCGGGGGCGGGACGCAGAGACGCGACCGUGUGUGCUACGGCCCCUUCUUCGGGGGAGACUCUUGUCAGGGGCCCAAGGAGGAGUAUAAACAGUGUAAUGACAAGAAGUGUCCUGAGCCCCAUGAAAUAUGCGAUGAAGAGCACUUUGCUUCCGUGGUGUGGAAGGAAACGCCUGCCGGAGACGCUGCGGCUGUCCGGUGUCCUCGCAAUGCCACUGGGUUGAUCCUGCGAAGAUGCACUUUAGAUGAAGAGGGGAUAGCGUACUGGGAGACUCCAACCUACAUCAAGUGUGUUUCCAUUGACUACAGGAAUAUACAGAUGAUGACAAGGGAGCAUCUCUCCAAAGCCCAGCGGGGGCUGAUGGGAGAAGGGGUAUCUGAAGUGCUCCAAAACCUCGUGGAGAUCUCCCAGGAUGGGACCAGCUACAGCGGGGACUUGCUGUCCACCAUCGACGUACUCAGGAAUAUGACCGAGAUCUUCCGUAGGGCGUAUUACAGCCCCGCUGCUGGGGAUGUACAGAACUUUGUCCAGAUCAUCAGCAACUUGCUGUCAGAGGAAAACCGGGACAAGUGGGAGGAAGCUCAGAUGAUGGGGCCGAAUGCUAAGGAGCUGUUCAGGCUUGUGGAGGAUUUCAUUGAUGUCAUUGGAUUUCGCAUGAAAGAUUUCCGGGAUUCCUACCAAGUGACGGACAAUCUAGUCCUCAGCAUCCACAAACUCCCCGCCAAUGCAGCCACUGACAUCAGCUUCCCCAUGAAAGGCUGGAGGGGCAUGGUGGACUGGGCCAGGACCUCCGAGGACAAGGUCACCAUCUCCAAGAGCAUCCUCUCUACGGGGCUAGCAGAGACAGAUGACUCGUCCGUCUUCGUGGUGGGCACCGUGCUGUACCGGAACCUGGGGAGCAUCCUCUCGCUCCAGAGGAACACCACGGUACUGAACUCCAAAGUCAUCUCGGUGACUGUGAAGCCAUCUCCCCGCACUCUGCUCACGCCCCUGGAGAUCGAGUUCUCCCAUCUGUACAAUGGAACCACCAACCAGACCUGCAUCCUGUGGGACGAAGCCGAUGUAUCCUCCUCCUCCUCCUCCUCCCAGCUUGGUGCCUGGUCCUGGCGCGGCUGCCGAACAGUCCCAGUCGAUUCCUUCCGAACUAAAUGCCUCUGUGAGAGACUCUCUACCUUCGCCAUCUUAGCCCAGCUCAGCUCAGACAUGAACAUGGAAAAAGUGCUGGUCCCUUCUGUCACAUUAAUCGUAGGCUGUGGAGUAUCUUCGCUGACGCUUUUGCUCUUGAUUAUCAUUUACGUCUCAGUCUGGAGCCUGAAUUUUUUAGCUUCCGAUUCCACCCGCUGGGUCUUGGUAUGCCUAUGCCUGGGGAGUGAGUCGAGAUACAUCCGCUCAGAACGCUCUGUCAUUCUCAUCAACUUCUGCCUGUCCAUCAUUUCCUCCAAUGCUCUCAUUCUGAUUGGACAAACCCAGACCCGGAAUAAGGUGAUAUGCACACUGGUGGCGGCUUUCCUGCAUUUCUUCUUCCUCUCCUCUUUCUGUUGGGUGCUGACAGAGGCCUGGCAAUCCUACAUGGCUGUGACGGGCAGGUUACGGAACCGCAUCAUUCGCAAGCGCUUCUUGUGUCUCGGAUGGGGGCUGCCUGCCUUGGUGGUUGCCAUUUCCGUGGGAUUUACGAAAGCCAAGGGCUACGGCACCGUCAACUACUGCUGGCUGUCAUUAGAAGGAGGCCUUCUCUACGCCUUCGUGGGACCAGCAGCUGUAGUCGUUUUGGUGAACAUGGUUAUUGGCAUUCUGGUUUUUAACAAACUUGUAUCCAAAGAUGGGAUAACAGAUAAGAAACUGAAGGAACGGGCAGGUCAGAUGGCAGUGCCUCUUUACGGCAUGACGCUCAAAUGUUCCAAGUGUGGAGUAGUUUCUUCUGCUGAAGUUUCGGCCACAGCCACCAGUAACGCCAUGGCGUCCCUUUGGAGCUCCUGCGUGGUCCUACCUCUGCUGGCGCUGACCUGGAUGUCUGCGGUUCUGGCAAUCACGGAUCGGCGGUCGGCGCUCUUCCAGAUCCUCUUCGCUGUCUUUGACUCCCUGGAGGGCUUUGUCAUUGUGAUGGUACAUUGCAUCCUGAGACGAGAGGUCCAGGAUGCAGUGAAGUGCCGAGUAGUGGACCGUCAAGAAGAGGGCAACGGAGACUCGGGAGGGUCAUUUCAGAACGGACAUGCUCAGCUAAUGACCGAUUUUGAGAAGGAUGUGGAUAUGGCUUGUAGAUCAGGUGAGCACAUCACAGUGCUGAAUAAAGACAUCACCACGUGCAGGACCUCGGCCAUCACGGGCACGCUGAAGCGCCCGUCGCUGCAGGAUGAGGAGAAGCUGAAGCUCCAUCACCAGAAGGGGUCCUCGAACUUUAACAGUCUUCCAGCCAACGUCUCUAAGAUGCACCUCCAGGGCUCCCCGCACUACCUGGGGGCCAUCAACCUGAAUGAGUUCAGCAACCACACGCUCACUCUGAAGAAGGAGAAGAACCAGCCGCCCAAGUCUAUCUACAUCUGCGAUGGGGACAUCUUCAAGAAGCUGGACUCUGAGCUCUCCCGGGCGCAGGAGCAAUCCCUGGACACCAGCUACGUCAUCUUGCCCAGCAACAGUUCCUCCACCCUGCGGGCCAAGCCACCCAAGGACGAUGGCAAAUACAGCAUCAACAUAGACCAGAUGCCCCAAACCCGGCUCAUCCACCUCAGCAUGGCAACUGACCCGGGCUUCAUCGUCAAGAGCCCGCCCAGGGAGCCCAUGGCUAUGACAUGCACCGAGGUGCAGGGCUCCCCCAUGCUGCAGCAGCAGCAGCAGAACCUCUGCAGCGAGUCGCAGAUCCCCAACAGCCUGUGCGACCCGGGCGACUCAGGGAACUUGGGCAUGGUGCCCAAGAGCGAGACAGUCUCCACCCUCUCCAUGAGCUCCUUGGAGAGACGGAAAUCCCGGUAUGCAGAGCUAGAUUUUGAGAAAAUCAUGCACACGAGAAAGCGUCACCAGGACAUGUUCCAGGACCUGAACAGGAAGCUGCAGCAUGCGGAGAAGGAGAAGGAGUCUCCGACAACGGAGAGCAAGCAAGAAAAACAGCAGACACCAAACAAGAGACCCUGGGAAGGAAUCAGGAAGGUCCACUCGCCACCAUCAUGGGUUAAAAAGGACAUGGAACCUUUACCACAAUCUCCCUUAGAACUAAAAACUGUAGAGUGGGAGAAAACAGGUGCCACCAUCCCUCUGGUGGGACAAGACAUUAUUGACCUGCAGACGGAGGUCUGA